CGGGGCGAGGUUGGGCGGGGCGAGGUUGGGCGGGUCCGGACGGCUGGGGGCCCUCGGAGACCCAGCACCGCGUGGCAGGUAGCAGGGCCUCCUAGCGCGCGGGUCCUCAGACGCUCGAAUGAACAUGGUCCUUCCUCUGGCAGAGGAGAUCGGGCCCGCUCCCGUGGUUGGUCCGGGCAAUGAACCCGGAGCACCCACCCGGCCGGGGAGAAGGCAGGGGCGGUCAGGCCGAGCUGUCUCUUUAAGACCGUGUUCCUGCUGACACCAGCAGACAACCCUUGCUCUGCCCAAGCCCAGCUCUGAGAGCUUUCUCUUCCUCCUGAGUAGUUGGCAUCCAGGACUUGGGGUACCAGGACUCUGGGGAGUAUGUACUGCAGAGCAGAUGCAUCUAGAAGAUGACCACUGACUCCCAUCCUCCUCCUCCUGCAGAUGCAGAGGCCUACAUGGCUGUGAUAAGCCUGCUGUUCUUGGCAGUCAUGUACGUCGUUCACCACCCCCUAAUGGUCAGUGACCGGAUGGACCUGGACACCCUAGCCAGGAGCCGGCAGCUGGAAAAGCGACUGAGUGAGGAGAUGCGGCAAUUAGACAUAGAAUUUGAAGAGAGGAAGCGAGCAGCUGAGCAGAAACAGCAGGCACAGGAUUUCUGGCGAGGAGACAUAUCCAAGGACCAGUUAGUGGUGGGGAAGAAAGACAGGGGGUGGCCAUUCCAGGCUGCUGGCCAGGAGGGGCCUCUGGACUGGAUGCUGGGAAACCUGUGGAAUGCUGGCCUCUUUUGCUUUUUUCUCAUCUUUGAGCUCCUGCGACAAAACAUGCAGCAUGAGCCCGCCUUUGAUUCCAGCAGCGAUGAGGAGGAGGAAGUCCAAGUUGUGUCUGUCCUGUCUUCGAACUGGCUCACUGACUUCCCCUCCCAGGAGGCCUUGGAAUCCUUUUACAAACACCAUAUCCAAAAUGCCAUUCGUGACCUGUCAGGCACCUGUGAGUUCGUGGAGAGCUUUGUGGAUGAACUGAUUGAGGCCUGUAGGGUGCUCAGCCGCCCAGAAGCUCACCUGCAGUUGGAGGACUGCUUGGGCAUUGGGGCUGCCUUUGAGAAGUGUGGAAUCCUUCACAAGACCCAGAAAUUUGAUGUCCUGGUGCCGAUUGUCCCGCCACAGGGCACCAUGUUUGUCUUAGAGAUGAGGGAUCCGGCCCUUGGCCACUGCUAUGGUAAUGUGCUGGUGGAGUCUGAAUGCGUGUGCAAGCAUGAGAAGCUUCUGGGGGAUGUGUUGUGUCUGGUGCACCACCAUGGAGACCCCUUGGCAGGCUCAGGCAAGUAUAACAGCUCCAUCAAAGCGUCUCUCUGCACUGGCAUCCACCUGGAUGUGUGCAAGACUGUGCAGUGGUUCCGGAGCAUGGUGGGCAAUGCCUGGGCUCUUGUGGCCCACAAAUAUGACUUUAAGCUCAGUCUCCAACCAUCUACCACCUCCUGCAAGCUCAGGCUGGACUACCGCUCGGGCCGAGUUCUCUCCAUCAGCUUGAUCCUGGGGGUGCAGCGGGAGGACACCUUAGUCUACCUGGUGAGUCAGGCCCCUGAGCAGGAACAACUCACCAGUGUGCACUGGCCUGAGUCCUUUGCAGCCUGUGAGCACUUGUUCUUGAAGCUGGUGGGACGUUUCGCCCCCGAGAACACCUGUCAUCUCAAGUGCCUCCAGAUUGUUCUGAGUCUCCGGGACCACCAGAGCUUACCCAAGGGGGCAUCCCACCCCAUCCUCACCUCCUACCACUUCAAAACAGCCCUCAUGCACCUGUUGCUACAGCUGCCCCUCACAGACUGGCAGCAUAGCAUGCUCUCUCGGCGGCUCCAGGACCUUCUCUGGUUCUUGGGCCGCAGCCUCCAGCAAAGAUCCCUCCAUCAUUUCCUCAUUGGUAACUCCUUCCUGCCCCUGACUAUACCAAUUCCCAAGACAUUUCGGACUGCUGAACCUGUCAAUCUCUUCCAACACCUGGUGCUGAACCCCAUGGCACACAGUCAGGCAGUGGAGGAGUUCCAAAACCUUCUGACCCAGCUCAAAACUCUGCCCUGUGUCCCACUGGCUGGGGUAUCUUAAUAUAAAGGUCAUUAAAAAAAAAGAAAUUUGGGCUGGGGAUUUAGCUCAGUGGUUCCGGUGCCUGCCUCGCAAGCCCAAGGUCCCGAGUUCAAUGCCCGGUACCAAAAAAAAAAAAAAAAAAGAAAUUCUUUCUGAUUCUUCCAGCUGCAAAAGUUUAUUUUUCACUUAUGUCAGUGGUAUAUGUGACCUUCACCUUGCAGGGGGGCCAAUGUUAGAGGAAGACACUUUGAGAAGUGGGUAAGAUGGCCAUGGGAACCUAAUCUAGGGUGGGGAUGAGGUUUUCUUCUGAUCUUUCAUCAUGACCCAAAGACAGUCCAGGGAAAUGGAUGUUAUGGGAAGAUCUUGCUGCUAAGGAGCUGAGAUGCUGUGAAGCUGUAUUUCUGUAUCAACACUGGAAGUUCAAGAGAACCAGAGAAUACCUCCAUUCCCGCUUAUUCCUUUCUGUGAAUGACUCCCAAAACAUUCCUUGUGAAUGGUUUCCUUGUAGAACUGUUAGCUGAAUUUCCAUCCAAGCUAUGACACUCCAUCCCAAAUAUUGUGACGGCAACCUCUAUGUUAGAAUCUAAUUUUUCAGACCUUCACUAUUUUGAAAAUAUAACCAAGAUGUUUUCCAUUUUCUUAAUUAGCCAAUUUUCAUACGACAUUAUAGCUGUUUUUAUGCAUCUAAGAAAAAACUCCAGUAGUACACAAAUAAUUUGUCAAUAUCGAUUCACAAAUAUUAAUGUCAUUGGUGACCUGUCCCAUUGUUGAGAUGGUGCAUUUCCUAUAACUAAUGAAAUAGCCAACAUCUAAUGACCUUCCCAGUGGCUGGAAGCAGCUUUACAAAACUGCUCACCAAGACAAGCUUUCUGGGGGUUCUGAGGCAAACAAUUUGUUUCUGAGUGAGAGGUACUUGUUAAUUACAUUGAAAGGUUAAUUACAUAGAAAGGUUUAGAGCUGUGUGUCUUCUGGCCCUGCCUUUGUAUUCUCUUUUCAAAUAUGACAGAGGGAUUAUUUAAGUAUGUUUGCACUUUUGAAAAGAGGGAUUAUCACAAUCCAGGCCCAAUUGACAGGGCUGGACAGGAAGGGACUGGAAAGCAUUCAACUCCAACAGUGUCCUGAUUCUAGAGAUAUGAUUGGUAUAUUUUCUUGAGCAUCCUGAGGAGUCUUGAGAAAGAGUUCUGGGUGUGGUUGUUUUGGAAAUAUCACUGCUGUUCCUACCUAGCACUGCCAGGAAGAUCUGCUGGGGUGGAGAACCUGGCCCUACAUUUGACUUGGCCUCAGUGGGGUUCAUCUGCUGGCUUUAGGGCUUCUGUUGUGGAAUCUACAUUACUCUCCCCAAACCCCUGGAAAAAAUAAAAGUCCCAGAAGCUGAUAACUGUCAAUAUUUGGGACUCUUGCUGCACAGUAGCUGCUGUUUUCCAUGUCAUUUGCUGGCAUCUGGCAGGUACUGCUUUCAAAGUUAAGAUACAAUGAUGGCUGGGCCCAUGCUAGGGGAGUUCAGUGUUUUUAAAACAUUUGUAUGUUUUUUAUUUUGAAAAUCAUUUUCUGGUGUUUUCGUUCUAAUCAAUAAAGGAGGCUAUUUUCUGUAUAAACUGGAAUCUGUGGAAGAACACGCUCAGCAGAUCAACAAUCUCACAUUCUUGUUCCCAAGAAGUUCGUGUUACCCUGACGAGCUCCAUCCAGGACAUCCUGGUCUUUCUCAGUGUAUCUUAAGCCAGUCUACCCUGUGGUUCCCCAGCAGCCAGGAAAGA